AUGAAGAAUAUCAUGCCUCAUAUUAUUAGUGACACCCAAGCUGGAUUUAUUCCAGGGAGAAGGAUUGCAGACAACAUCAUCAUGGCACAUGAAUUGGUCAAAUGGUACGCCAGGAAAAACAUAUCUGCUAGAAGUAUGCUUAAAGUAGAUUUUCAAAAAGCGUAUGAUUCGGUCGAAUGGGUUUUUAUAGAGCAAGUUUUAACAGAAAUGAAGUUUCUAGCAAAGUUCAUUGGUUGGAUAAUGUGUUGUAUGAAAACAGUGAGCUACUCAAUUACCAUUAAUGGAGUUGUUACAGAACCAUUUGAGGCAGCUAAAGGAUUGAGGCAAGGGGAUCCAAUGUCCCCCUACUUGUUUGUAAUAGCAAUGGAGUACUUGAGUAGAUUGCUCAAUGAACUGGAAUACAACAAGCAAUACAAAUAUCAUCCCAAAUGUGCCAAAGUCAAACCAACCCAUCUUUCUUUUGAAGAUGAUCUUUUGUUAUUCGCUAGAGGUGAUAAAGUAUCUAUCUAG